AGCAAUAGCGUCUUUACUUCUUUCUCCUCCAUAUACUGAAUCAGCUUUUGCACUCCGAAUACGCCAUAUCUACAUCGUCGCCAUGUCCCUCCAACAGCUCACGGCCGCGCCCAAGGCCGAAGACUUCACCCCACUCUCCGAACACCAAGAGCAAACCCCCACCUCCUUCUUCGGCGCAAAACCCGUCCUACACGCCCACUAUGAAGCCAUGACUCUAUCCACCGCCAUCGACCAGCUAAAGCAAGAUCCUGCAUUCGGCAAAUUCAGCUCAAGACGAGAAGGCUCCGAGGACUUUGUAGACAACGUCGAUGUCUGGGUGACUUCAGAAAACCUCAUUCUAUUCCAAACCACCCCCUCCCCAGUCGGCGUAUCAAUCCCCUACCCUUCUCUAGCCCUGCACGCAACGAUGAAGUACAAGACCACUAUCGAAGCUCUCUAUAUCAACAUCUCACUUAACGACGCCGAAACCGUAAACGAAGACGAUGAUAUCCUUAUGCUGGAGAUUACUGUCCUACCGCCCUCGUACACUACAAAACCCACCGAGACAUGUAUCACUGAGUUCUUCACCGCACUGAACACUUGCGCCGAUCUGCACCCUGAUCCUGAUGGCAGCGAUGACGGCGAGGAUGUGCUGGAUAACACAGCGCCGGGGGCUUCGGGCUGGAUUACAGCGGAGAACAUGGACGAUUAUGUGGAUGAGAAUGGAAAUUUCAGUGGGAUGGUAAUUGGUGAUGAAUUAGGUCCGGGCGCUGGAACUGUGAGGACGAGAGAGGAUGGGGAUGAUGCUGGUGGUGUGAACGGUGUGGAUGGACAUGAGGGGAAGUAUUAUCGUACUGGUUGAAUGGCUGGAGUCGAAAAGCGAAAAGGUUAACAGGAUAGAUUGGAUGUCACGAUGAUACCCCCAAAAUGGAGCAUGAAACUUACUAGAGGGCAUAGGCUUUACAUGAAGGAAAUGUAUGUAUUGUACAGAUUUCUAGUGUUUGAGAGUUAUAUACAGCUGUUAGACCACCAUGUCUAUCUCCAGGCUGAUUGAAAGCA